AUGGAGAUAUCCCUGGAGUUGGGCAACAUGACGAGGGUCCAGGAAUUCAUCUUGCUGGGCUUGUCUACGAGCCCAGAAACAAGGGAAGUCCUGUUUGCCGUCUUCCUGACCCUCUACCUGCUGACCCUCCUGGAGAACGCCCUCAUCGUCUUCCUCGUCUGCAGCCACACCGAGCUCCACAAGCCCAUGUACUUCUUCCUGGGCAACCUCAGCUGCCUGGAGAUGUGCUACGUGUCGGUGACCAUGCCCAGCCUGCUCGUGGGGCUUUGGAUAGGACCCUACCAUGUGCCCUUCACAGCCUGCAUGACCCAACUCUUCUUCUUCAUCGUCCUCAUCUGCACAGAGUGUACCCUCCUGGCCUCCAUGGCCUAUGACCGCUACGUGGCCAUCUGCCACCCACUGCACUACCCGCUGCUCAUGCGGCCCCAGGUCUGCCUGGGCUUGGCUGGGACUUCAUGGCUUGGUGGGCUGCUGGUCUCGGUGGCCAAGACAACAUGCAUCGCCAGCCUGUCCUACUGUGGCCCCAAUGUCCUCAACCAAUUUUUCUGUGAUGUCUCCCCACUGCUCAACCUGUCCUGCACCCAUGUGGCCCUGACCGAGCUGGUGGACUUCCUCUCGGCCAUCGUCAUCUUCUGCGGGACGCUGCUGGUCUCCCUGGCCUCCUACUCGGCCAUCGGGGUGACGGUGUUCCGCAUGCCUUCGGCCGCUGCCCGGCGCAAGGCCUUCUCCACCUGCGCCUCCCACCUAGUGGUGGUGGGCAUCUUCUACUCGGCAGCCCUCUUCAUCUACUGCCACCCCAGCCGCAUCAGAUCCAUGGACCUCAACAAGGUGCUGUCGGUCAUCUACACGGUGGCCACGCCCAUGUGCAAUCCAGUCAUCUACUGCCUGCGGAACAGGGAGGUCCACGCAGCCCUGCUCAGAACUCUCCGCUGGACUUGAUCCUGGCCUUGGGACAUUAACAGCAUCCCUCCUAAUUUACAUUUUCUCAUGCCUUGAA